AUGGGCAGUACAAUUAUUACCAGAAUAAAUGAACGAGAAGUAAACAUCAGAACAUAUGAUAAUUCCUUACCAAUCAGGGAAUCAAGCAGAAAAUUAUGGAAUCAACAAUACUUCAUUACAUUUCCCAAACCACCACAGCCAGGUAGUAAAAAGAGAUUAAGAACUUCAGAAACACAAACUGCAGUUCUUCUGAAGGAGUAUAAGAAACAUGACAAAAGAAAUUUAGAUGAAGCUCAGAAGCCAGCUCAUAUAUGGAUAACACAUUCGUUAAGAAAAACAUUUCAAAGGUCGUCUAUUAAUUUAACUAUCAGGAGACAGGCUUCAUUCAGACAUUCUUAUACUCUUAUCACUCAUUCUAAAAAGGCAGAAUCUAAAAAGUCCAAAGAUGACAAAAAAGGAACAACUUUGAAGAAAGUUUCCAAGAAAGCUAUAGGCCCACACAAAACAACUUUAGAAUCCAAGAAAACAGUAAAUAAUGAGAAACCUAAAAGAGGAAAUAAAGCAGAUAAAACUCCAUCAAAAUCAUCACAUGAAAGUCAACUAUCUAAGAAGUCAAAGUCCAAUUCAGAAACAAACCCAGAAUCCAAAGGUUCUAAGUCAGUCUCAAUAAAGGAUAAAAAAAAAGAUAAGAGAUAUUCAAAGGAUUCCAGGGAGAUGGAUUUUGAAUCCAUAUGUACAAAGAAGUAUUAUAGGAGCUCAAAGAACAAUCGUGAUGCCAAAUCAGAGAUUUGCUCAAAAAGUAAUUCAAAUAUGGAUUUAAUGAUGUAUUUAGAGGAGUCUGGUGCUGAACCCAUGGAAUUUGAUAUGUGGUUAAAUAACUACUCACAGAAUAAUUUUAAAAAGCUUCCAAAGAAGGAUGCAAAAAAGGAUACAAAGGGGAAGGGCUCUGAUGCUGAAUCUGGAGAUUCAAAAGAUGCAAAGAAAGAUGAGAAGAAAGAUAAGAAAAGUACAACGAAAGACAGCAAGAAGGGUACAAAGAAGGACGCAGAGUCUACUGAUGCAGAAUCUGGAAACUCAAAGGAUGCAAAGAAAGAUUCAAAGAAAGGUAAGAAAGAUUCAAAGAAAGAUGACAAAAAAGAUGGCCAGAAGGAUGCAGAAGAAUCUGUAGAUUCAAAAGAUGCAAAGAAAAAUUCAAAGAAAGAUGACAAGGAAAAGGAUGCCAAGAAGGAUGUUGUGUCUACUGAUGCUGAUUCUGAAUCUGAAGGGGAUACAAAAAUGGAAAAAGAUUCAAAGAAAGAUGACAAAAGGAAGUCUACAAUGAAGUCUGAAGAGUCUAUUGAAACCAAGUCUGAUUGGGAAUCAAAGAAGGACAAGAGGAUUAAAAGAAGGUUAAGAAAGAUUAAAAAAGAUGCAAGCAAGAAGGAUGCAAAGAAGGACCUAGAGUCUAGUGAUGCUGAAUCUGAUGUGUCUUCCAAGAAAAACCUAAAGAAGCCUGAAACAUUGAAAAGUUCAGAUGCUGAAUCUGAAGAGUCACUAUAUAAACUUAGGCCUAAAAGGAUAGUUGAUGAAUCAGAUGCCACAUCUACAGAUUCAAAGAAGGAAGCACUGGAACCAAAGAGAAAUUUCAAAAUGCCAUCCAAAAGGACUACAUUCAAAGAAAAAGGGAAAAAAGUAGGUACAGGUAGAGAUCCUCCAUCAAGAGAAAGACCACCACUACUUCCUUGUGAGACUUUACUGCCAUCACCUAGGGCCAAACGUCUCUGUGGGUGCCAGAAUCCUCCUCCACCUCCAAAGCCAAGAUAUGCUCCUUAG